CGCCCAUCAUGGUCGCUCUCAACCCAAUUAACACGCCGGAGGAGCAGAUUGAGAUUGAGCGUCGGACGACGACGCUCUCCAAGAAGAUCGAUGCGCCCUACCCGCUCAUUGACUGUGACCCACACUUCUCCCGCGUACUACGCUACAUGCGCGGCGCAGACUACGCCAUGGCCGCCGGCAUGACCGCUCUCCCCACCGCCCUCAUCCUCCUGCAAGAACGCAUAAACCCCAUGAACGUCGGCAAGCGCAACUUCGCACGCAUACUCCGGCUCUCGUUCUGGGGCGGGCUUGGGUCCGGCUUCCUACUCGCGUACCAACAAUCAAGCUACCGCUUCUACGGCGCGAUCGAAAACCGCCGCGAGAUCGACAUGGACAUGCGGGAGAUGGUCGACAAGGUCAAGCGCGGCGAGCCGCUGUACGGCGUGAGCUCGCUCAGUCCGCACAAUCAGGGCACCAUGGCCAGGAACUCGCGGUAUUCGGCCGUUGGUCUGUAUCUGGUUCCGUGGUUCAACUUUGUUAACCACCCAUACCAUGGCGUGGAUACGGCCAAGUAUUAUCGCCAAGCGGAGCGGGAGCUGGAGGAAGAGCGUCUUAAGAGUGGUGCGUCGUGAGUGUUCGCCAAUAAAAGGGGGGAGGGUGAGGGGUUCGAUUUGAUGGGUGCCUGGGACGACAGCAGAGCAACUAUCAAUGUAUGUAUGUACAAAGCAAAUCAAUGUCGACAAUUUUUCCUUUGCAGUAAACCUGGAUCGGCGUUCUUAUACUAGUAUGUUGGUGGUCUCCUAUCGUAGAUAUUGGAGAACCUGUACACUGUCAUAGCCGGCUCUUGCAUUGAUUGCAUCAGUACAUCGUGAUAAUGCCUUCGGUCUCCAAAAGUCACCUCAAAACAGCAAUAAAACGUUU